UGAGUUUGGACCGUGCGCAUGCGCAUAUCGCCGCCAUUUUGUAAAAAUAGGACGCUUUUGCGUUGUUGUCCACGUUUAUUUUAUCUCAAUUUUUACUCUAUAAUUAAGUCUAAAUCGUGUCAGUUUCACUCGUUUUGUGCAGUUUUUACGGGGCGUACUUUCACCCAAAAACCCGUUUUUCCUCGCAUCUCCUGCAAAAAUGUCUCGUUAUCGCGAAUGGGAUUUAUCGUGCAAGGUCUACGUCGGUAAUUUGGGCUCAUCGGCGAGUAAGCACGAAAUCGAGAGCGCUUUUAGCAAAUAUGGGCCUUUGAGGAACGUUUGGGUCGCUAGGAACCCCCCAGGAUUUGCGUUCGUCGAGUUUGAGGAUCCUCGCGAUGCGGAGGACGCUGUGCGAGGCCUCGAUGGAACGCGUUGUUGUGGGACGCGCGUUCGCGUUGAAAUGUCCAAUGGACGAUCAAGGCGGGGCGGAGGCCGACGUGGCCCCAUGAGAUACUCCAGGGCAGCGCCACUGCUGUUGUUUUCUCCCUCCGACUGAGACCCACCCCCUCCCCGGCCACACAUCUCAUCUUACAUCGACACACCCAACAACAGCUAAGCUACAUCCACCAUCAGUGGUGCUACUUCACUUCAGCUAAUCAGUGUGUUAAAAAAAACCAACCAACGCACGCACGCGUCUCACGUGGUUGAACAAAAAUUGAUAGCCAACCAAAAAUCAACGACAUGUGUCAACUACAACCAACUUUAAAUUCUCCUCCUUUCUUCAUUCUAAUUGGUGGGAUUUUAAUUACAAUAUAAUAUAAACGGAGUGUUGCUCGCAAAAUGAUUGGCGGCUAGGGUAAUGUAUCAAUUUUGCAGGCAGGCAAUCAUUUUCGAAACACCCGCUAUAUUCAAUGUAUAUGUCAUUAGAGAUGUUUGUGCCUGGUUUCAUUCAAAAAAUAAUAAUUCCCAUCGUAAGAUGUUGAUUGAUUUUCGUUUGUUUUCGUUACGUUUUCUUUAGGGGAAUUUUAUUUUUAUUUCGCGCUUUUUUUGUGGUUCAAAUGAAAAUUGUUGUAUUUAUAGGUCGAGGUCACCCAGACGGUCGCGCUCGCCGAGGUCAAGGUCACGCAGCAGGGAUAGACGCAGCCGAUCAGAUUCCAGAGAUCGUCGCUAAGAAUUAAAUACACUUAUUUUUUCUUCUCUCAUUAUGUAUUCAAUUACUAAAACAUUGUGUAAUUUACAUGCUUUUUUUAAUGACAUUUUCUUUAUAUGUGAACGUUCAGUUUUGAAUGUGGGUUGAUUCUGUACAAAAAACGAGUUUUUUUUUGUAAUGUUAGUCACACUGUAAGGGUUUACCCAUAAUUUGUCGUGAAUAAACAAUAUUUUAUUGGAGACAA